GACAGCAGAGAGAGAGGAUCGCUGUUUCGUGUCUGUAUCAGAUGAGGGGGGGGGGUCACUAGGAUUCCCUUGAAGCUGCUUUCCAGGGAAAAAAUAAAUGUUACAAUCUUUUCUUUGCACCUCGUUUAACGGAUAGUAUCAUCUCGUCAGUGCAGUCGUUUUACCUUGUAACAUCGAGUCACUGUUCUUAAAGAAGAUGCCGAAACGGGGAAGUAAAGUGAGGGAGAUUGUGUCGAAAGUAGACAGUUUGGAAGAACAACACGCCUUGUAGGAUUCAGUGAAACCAGCAGCGAAAAGGUAAGAUUUAGUGCGGAUAUUUUUUAAUUCAUCAUCUUUCUGUUUGUAUUGCAGGAGCUGGGAUAGAAACAUGACAAAGUAGCACGUGCAUCUAUCGGAUCGCAUCCAAUGCUUAUUACAUAGCAUACAAUCGUCAUCAGGCUGUGAAGUAAAAGUUUGAUAUGUAUUUUUCAUGCUUCACAUCUUGCUUGCAGUAACCUGCUAAAGGCUAUGCAUUGAAACCAAAGGCGAUUCACAAGCUGCAUUCUUGGAGAAACGCGCAGUGCAAGGUUGUUUAGCAUUAUCGAGAAGAAAAAAAACACGACGAGAGUUUGAACUUUGCGGAGGUUUUUUCCUGUUUUAUUUUUCUGAGAUUUUGUGAAUAUCAACGUCGGUAGUAAAGGGUCUGUCUCUAAACUCCGGAUAGGAUAUAUGAAGAUCGCGACCCAGUUGGUUUUCCCUCGCAGAAAUGCCUGUGCGUGCAGUGACCACCAGGUUCAUGUACAAGGGACUUUGCACUAUUCCAGAUGUCCUCUCCUACCGGACCCCUGUUAUCCUGCCUGAGGAUGAGGUGGAAGAGAUCCGUGAGGCGUUCAAAGUAUUUGACCGAGAUGGGAAUGGCUUCAUCUCAAAACAGGAGUUGGGGAUGGCUAUGCGCUCGCUGGGCUACAUGCCCAAUGAGGUGGAGCUGGAGAUUAUCAUCCAAAGACUCGAUAUAGAUGGUGAUGGUCAAGUUGGCUUUGAUGAAUUUGUCACAUUGCUUGGUCCUAAACUCUCUGCUGCUGGCAUGCCGGAUAAAUUCCACGGAGCAGACUUUGAUUCAGUGUUUUGGAAGUGUGACAUGCAGAAACUGACGGUGGAUGAGCUAAAGAGGCUGCUUUACGAUACUUUCCGCGACCACCUCACCAUGAAGGACAUUGAGAACAUCAUCAUGACAGAGGAGAGCCACCUGAACAGCCCAGAGUCCCACGUGGACAUAGACACAAGCCCAACACAACAGGAAAAACACACAUGUGUGCGUAAAAGCCUGAUUUGUGCCUUCGCCAUUGCAUUCAUCAUCAGCGUCAUGCUCAUUGCAGCAAAUCAAAUGCUCCGCAGAGGAAUGAAGUAAAUACGACUCCAGCUGGAUACAGAGAUACUUAAGAACGGACAAUGAGAAAUCAAACAUUAAUCAAAACACUUGUAUGGUUUUGUUGAAUGUUUUCAACACACAGCUUCUCUCUGUAAUAGGUGCAAUGAUGUCAUUCAGUGGUUUUAUAUUGCCACAAAUUGUAGCAUAACCUGGUUAAAAAGAAAGAAAGGCAUUCCAAGGGCUGAUUAGUAUCCUAAAACAGUAGGUUGUGAAUCAGAUUUCUGAAGACAUUAUAUUGGAAAGCAGACUUUAGAAGUAUGUGCUUAGUAAUAGAUGUGAUGUGUCUGUGUUUAUCAAUCAAUUAAUGUUGUUGAUGAGAAGUCUGCCGUUUGGAAUGCACCCAAUAAUGAAAUUACUGAGGAUAGUAAUAAAGCAAUACGCACGUGUUGAUGCGCUGCAUAUUAAGUAGCUUUAAUUCACUCUCAGCGUAAUUGUUUUUCUUUUAAGUCUGUAUUAGUGCCAGUAUUUCCAGUCCAGAGGUCCAACUCAUGUCAAGAGUCAACACAUCUUUACGAACCGUGACCUAAAUCUUAACAAAGGAGAAGCCACAUUAAUUCAAAACACAAAAGUGUUGAAAAGAAUAUUACAAUUAUUUCUACAACUGUUUAACUUCAUAGCUCUUGGGAUGGCAGUCGAUAGUUCAUCACUUUGGUCUAAACUGUAUGGAUGUCAUUCUGAACAGACACUAAUUGCUCCCAGGGAAACAAUGCAACUGACUUAAGUAAUCCCCUGAUUUUCUCCGUGAAACCACCAGCAGAUCUACGUAUUCUUUUGAAAAAUCUCAACAUCUACAGGAUGAUUUAUCACAAGAUGUAGUAGAGACAUCUAUGGUUCCCAAAGGAUGCACCCCCAUGACUGUGAUGAUGCUCUGAGUGUGUCUCAGGAUGAAUUGUGGUGAUUCACUGACAUCUCAUAUCGUAAUGUUCAAAUCGAGCUCAGCUGUACUUUGCGCUUUGUGCUACUAUACAUCAGCAUGUUAGUAUUGUCAGUAUUGGCCCGUGAUAUUCAAAAACAAGGCAGGAAAAUAGUAUGUUUCUCCAAAGUUUCUAUUGUGACAUUGAGAAGCCCUACAUUUGGAAUAACUGGUGAACUGCACUGUUAUCUGGAAAAGAGAGGGUUUGAAGGACAUGUGGACACAGCCGGUAACCCUCCAUUCAGCUGAGCCCAAAGGCCCUUUCUAAAUAAAUCACAGCAGACUAAAACAUUUACUGGUUUGAUUUGAAGCCGAGAGCUGAGCUCAGUGAGAUGUAUUGGCUGAGAAAUUGAGAUGAAAAUGAAACAGCUGUUUCACAAAAAAUGUAAUAGAUUUAAGAAUCAAACUGAAGUGUUUCAUUCUCGAAAUCUGCCAGUGAUACAUGCACAAAGCUGCAUAUUUCAAAUCUGUGCAAUAGCAUCCAAAAAGAGACAUAAUGAGUCACAGGAAAGACAAGUCUGAGCUAGCAUCUGAGCUAGCAGCUGUAAAUAGCGUUAACCAUUACAAGUCAAAUGUUUAGACAGAAUGACACAUGACGAUAAAGGAUAAUCAGUUCACAACACUUGCAUGUACAUUAAAAGUAUAUUCUGUGUUCAAUGUGUUUGAGAUCAAAUGUUGAACCCUGGUGUAUGUAUUGAAAUAAUUAUGCAAUUUGUAUAGUAAUCAUUGCAAAGAUCUCAGUAUUUGACAUUUUCCUGUAAAUGUCGAUUGUUGUGGACGUGCAGACCAUAUCAAAAAUACUAAAUACUUUGGAGUAUGCUGUGAAGAAUAAUUUAACAUAUCAUAAAAAAUGUUGUUUUCUGGUUUUUACAUGGACAACCAAAACAACAUGUUUGAAGUAUAACAUGGUUAUAUUUUCUUACUUGGAAAAGUGAUACAUUAAAUCUAUGUGAUUUUAUUGAAUGUAAGCAUAAUGUUUUUUAUAAAACAAAUAAUA